AUGGAUCGGCGCGGGGGCCGCGGCGCUCGCGACAGGGACUACGGGAGAAGAGACGACCGAAGAGACGACCGAAGAGACGACCGGGAUCGGGGUGGCCGGAGAUACAGAUCACGGUCCAGGAGCCCGGGACGGUCUGACCGCCGCGAUGGCGACCGCGGCCGCGACCGGCGAGAUGGUCCACCGGAGCGCGACAGAUAUCGGGACAGAGCAAGCGAUAGAGAUCGCGAGGGCGACCGGGGCUACGGACGUGAUCGUGACAGGGGAAGCGGGCGUGAGCGCGAACGCGAACGCGAACGCGACAGGCCCACAGACAGGCGAUACCGAGGAGGAGAACGGGAUGAUGGCCGUCCUAGAUACGGCGGUCGGGACGCCGAUGAGCCGCGACCGAGCAGGGAAGCAGUCAGAGACGUCCCAGACCUCAAGGAGCAGCGCUCUGAGCACAAUUCGCCUCUCCCGAGCCGGCCCAAGAGCGACAGAAAUACGCCCCUGUCGUUCCGUGUAGGAAAGAGCGAGGAGGAUCCCUCGCGUACAGGCCACAAGGACCGGGAGCCCGGACGGGAGCCCAGCGCCGAAAGAGGUGACGCCAUGGACGAGGAUGCCCACGAGGAUGAGGACGAUGACGAUGUGGAGGUCGACGAGGAUGAAGCUGCCAUGCAGGCCAUGCUUGGCUUUGGCGGGUUUGGCACCACCAAGGGCACCAAGGUAGCUGGGAACAACGUCGGGGGGGUAAGGAAGGAGAAGAAGACCGAGUAUCGCCAGUACAUGAAUCGCAUAGGCGGAUUCAACCGACCACUCAGCCCGGGUCGAUAG